CACCCGCACUCACUUGUUCUUGCACCAUCUACUUUUUAUCUCAACUCUACUGAAGCCUUAAAAAACCAGCCGUCGCCUUCUUCGGCGCAACCGCUUAAUUCUGAAAACACUGAAAACAAAAACAAAACUAUACUUAUUAAAUUCAUUAAUUUAUCAAAAGAAAUUUUCUUUUUCUCUUUUGAACAAAUUUAAUAACCGAAUGAGUAAAGUUAUCCUCGGCUUGCCCGGACCUUGGGCUGACGAUAACCGUGAGCCCUCCGAUCACUACACCUCAAAAAUCGGCGGACUUCCUGACUGGCCCUUUGAUACGGAGAGUUUAAACCGUAAUUUGCUUCAGUGUGCUGCUUGUGGAAGUAAACUCUGUCUUGUUGCUCAGGUUUAUGCUCCGAUUGCAAGUGAGAGUUUCAGGGUUGAAGAGCGUGUUGUAUUUGUUUUUGGAUGUGUAAAGUUGAACUGUGGGAGCAGUCCCCUUAGUUGGAGAGCUUUUCGUGUUCAGAAAUUAGAUGCUUCAAUGGAACUAUGUAGUGCCUCUGAAGAAGUGGUUCCUUUGAAUAUAUCAUCUGUUUCAGGUCUGAAAAAAAACUUGUGGGAUAGUUUUGAUGAUGAUGAUGACGAUGAUGAUGUGGAUUUGGAGGAAUUAGGUAGAGCACUGUCUGAAGCAUCAAGCUUGGCUUCUCAUUCCAAGAAACCUAAUGUUAAUCAGCAUUCUAAGUCUAUUGUGAAGCCUUCACCUUUGAGCCAACAGAAAAGAGUUGUAGAUGUUGAUUCACCAGUUGUGCCCUGCUUUUACCUUUAUAGUCAGGAAGUGCCAUCAUCGAAGGAUGUUGCUUCUAUAUGUUCAAACUACUCUUCACUUUCCCUUAAGGAGAGACAAAGUGAUGUUGAUGAUCAGGUACAAGAAGAAAGGUGGGAAGAGGAACGCUAUGAAUAUGAUAAAGCUUUGACUGUAGAUAGGACAUACCUAAAGUUCAAGAAACAGUUGGAUGCUCACCCAGAACAAUGUUUCAGAUAUUCGUAUGGCAGCAAGCCCCUUAUGGCUACAACAGAGGAGGAAGACCCUGGAAGGUGCGGGCUCUGUGGAGGUUCAAGGCAUUUUGAAAUGCAGCUGAUGUCCCCAUUAAUAUAUUUUCUACAAGAAGCUACUGAUGAUAGUCAAAAAUAUUCUUUGGAGAACUGGAAUUGGAUGACACUCAUUGUGUAUACUUGUUCUAAGAGCUGUUCCAACUCAGUGGAUCGAGAAAAGUCCAACAAUGGGGGCUGGAUUGUGACAGAGGAGGCUGUUGUAGUACAAUUUGAGAAAUCCUUAAAUCAAUCUGCUCAGCUUAACUAUUUCUCGUGAUUUUUUCAGCUCACUUAAUAGAGCCCAAGAAAUUCAGAAGAGUUGAAUUGCUCUGAUAUUGGUUUUAUUUCUAAACUGUGUUUGUAUCAGGAAAAUGGAUAUAUAGUGAAACAAUAUUCUGUGAAUGGUGAGUCAGAUGUGUAAUUACAGGCAUGGCUCUCAACAAAAUGUGGGAUUUCUUUUGGUUUGAUUUUAAGAUGGAUUUCUAAUAAUGGUGGGAAUUUGAUGAUGAUUUAUCUCCA